AUGUCUCAUUCAACUCUUCAAAAUAUCAAGCAAAUUGCACUACAAGAUUCAAAUUUGACCUCCAAAGCAUCUGACACCAGUAGAGAGGCUGCUGAAGAAAAUGUUGUGAGAAAUGUCAACAAAUCUGUUGAUUCAGUGGAAUUCAAAAAUCAGCCCAUGGAGACCCAGCAGCAUGAGCUUUUGGAUAGUGAUUCCAAUAACAACAAUGAAAUUGAUCUUAUUAACUGUGACAUUCAUGGAGUUGGGGGAGCUCCAUAA